AUGCUGCAAGACCCGGUUCGGUCGUAUCCACGCACAAAGUUUUGGUCGGCUGUUAGCGAGUCUGUGCACGUGAGCGCAGGGCUAACGCGCAACAGUCGCCAGUGUCGGGAUCGGUUCAACCUGCUGUUCUCGCGGGCGCUGCUAACGGACGGGCAAGACGUGGGCGCCGGCGUUGGGUUGGGCACAGACGCGACACUCGACGCUAAGCUGGCGCAGUGUACGGCGCGUUUCCGUUUCGGGAACGGGCGCAGCCUGGAGCUGAAACAGAGGCGUAGUCACGUGCAAGCGCCAACCCGCGUACCGCAGCGCGGCUGCGCUGUGCACGAACUGAUUCACCCGCCGGAACACACUCCGGGGCCUAUGCCAGAGCCGGGGCCUCUUCCGUCUCCCGCACCCGGCCCCACCCCUGCAGAUCUUUCGUUGAUCCACACGCAGCUCCGCGAGGUGCAUCGCGUGCUUGAGGCGCUGACUGCGGAAGUUGUGGGUAUCCAGCACCAGGUUCGGCACCUGCAGCAAGCAUUCCGCGAGCUCCAAGACGCUCGCCAGAACCAAAAGCCGCCGGUCGCCUGCGACGAAGACAGCGUCAACCGCGACAAGUAA